AUGAAGCUCGGCCGCCAUCAGAAGUUCAAUGGCGUCGACUACGAGUGCAGACUCUGCGAACGACACUUUGCCUCCCGUGGUUCGAUUUACGCCCAUUGCAGAUAUACUUCACAGCACGAAUGGUGCGAAAGAUGCCGCCGAGUGUUCGUUUCAGAGCGAGCCAAAAACGAUCACCUUCGAUACUCUCGCAGACACAAUAUCUGUUGGAACUGCCCGGACAGAAAAGAUUUUGAGACGGCUAAGGACCUCAAGAACCACCUCUCCGAGUGCCAUCACUACUGUCAUCCUUGCAAACGCGCUCACAACUCUGCUCGCGAACUGCAAGACCAUGAUGUUGCCGUCCACCACCUCUGCGUCAAAUGUGGUCAAUAUUUCCAAAACGAGAACAACCUGCGGAUGCACCAGCAAACCCACCUGCCCCGAGACAUGGAAUGCUUCGGCUGCUUUCAGACCUUCAAAUCAUUCUCCGGCAUGUUAAUCCAUCUGGAGUCCGGCACCUGCCAGUCAGGUACAGAUAAGGAGAGGAUCGAUGAUCUAUUCUGCGAGUGGGACCAGGGCUGGAAAUACAAAUUGGACGAUGAUGAGGGGGAAGGACUGAUAUUCCUCUGCCCCGAAUGUGACCAGGACUUUUCGCGUCUUUCUGCGCUCUACCAGCAUGCUGAAGAUGUGCCACGCUGCUCCCAUCUUACAGAGGAAGGGGGGUGUCUGGAUGAGCUACGAGUCUUUAUUGAGCGCAGAAUAUAG